AUGAAAAGGCUAAUAUAGAGUACUGACUUUAAUGUGGCAAUUCCUAUAAGUAGCACAAAACAUGCAAUUAAUGAUGGUUUGUUAGUUUAUAAAAUAAUUGAUAGAUUACUAUAUGUUCCAAAAAUAUAAAUGUUCCUCACCAGCAAUUUUAGGGGAUGUCUUUCGUUGUAUUACACCAGUCUAAACUUAACUAUCACCUAUCGAAUAUUAAUAAAAAAGUUGUUUUUCACUUUUAUAAGACAACUUUGAUAUUUCUGUUAAGGAUGUAUCUCGAAAAUAUAAUAAUGUAUCUCGACAAUUAAGCAUUUAAAAAGAAAAUGAAGAGGAAACAAUUAAAAUUUAGAGAAUUGUCAAACAGGAAUAAAUUAUUCUUGAAGAAUAAGAAAUUUUAAAUAAAAAAUUGCAAAAUCUCCGAUUUGAUACAAACAAAAAAUUAGAGGAACUUGACCAAUGUAAACCAUUAAAAUAUUUUAGAAUAUCUUAAAAGGAGACAAGAAGUCAUAAAAUAAUUAUAAUUCUCAAUAGGUUAAUAUAGUAGCAACUCUAAAGAUAUUUAAUUUAAAGAGCCUCCAUUAAAAAGUGCACUAAAAAAAAAAGAAAAUAAAAGAUAACAUACAUAAGGUAAAUACUAAGAUACAUUGAAUGAUGAAGAUUCAUAAGAUGAUUGGAACUUUAUACAUUAAGCUAAAAUAAACCUUGAAAAAUAAAGAACGCAUUAAAAUACUGAUGAUGAACGAACACCCUCCAAAGUUCGAUUUGUUAAAACUAAAGACGCUAAUUAAAAGAAGAAAAUGCGAAAGAGCAUUAAUCUAUCUGAUUUAAAUGUAUUUAUAAAAUUUAGGCAUUGA